AUGAAAACAUCGACCUGCACGCAUCUAUCUCUCCAAGGCCAUUGCAACCAAACACAGAUUGACGACGAAUCAUUCAAAUGUCACCCCCCUGUACUGUGCUUACACCAUAGCUAUUAUCUCUUCCGCAGCCCUGUACCUAGCCAAGAGUCAAACCUAAAAAGAUUAUUGCCAAUACAAACCGACCCCGCUUGA